AUGUCUGUCACCCUUCAGGCCGUCGCCGACCUCCUCUCCGCCAGUCUUGAUCCCCGCCAAAAUCGUCAAGGUGCGUUUGAACUGAUCGAAAGAAACAUCCUGGGUAGCUGACAACUGGCAUAGCCGAACAAUCGCUGAAGGCCGAAGAGACGAAGCCCGAGUUCUCGCUCGCUCUCCUCCAGAUCGUUUCAACAGAUUCUUUCCCUCUGCAGACACGAUUAGCCAGCGCCCUCUUCUUCAAAAACUUCGUGCGGCGGAAUUGGACAGACGAAGAUGGCAACCACAAACUCGCUGACAACGAGGUCACGACAAUCAAGAGCGAGCUCAUCGGACUCAUGGUGAAAGUUCCUCCGGCCCUGCAGGCGCAACUCGGUGAUGCUAUCAGCGUCAUCGCAGACAGCGACUUCUGGGAACGAUGGGACACACUGGUUGACGACUUGGUCUCGCGGCUUACGCCAGACAACGCUGAGGUCAAUAACGGAGUGUUGCAAGUCGCGCACUCGAUAUUCAAGAGAUGGGAGCCCCUGUAUCGGUCAGACGAGCUCUACACAGAGAUCAACCACGUUCUCUCAAAGUUUGCAGUACCUUUCCUGCAGUUGUGGGAGAAUGCCGACCGGAUGAUUACCCAGAACGAGAGCAAUCCACAGGUGCUCAAGGCUCACUACACAACGCUUGAUCUGAUCAUCAAGCUGAUGUACGAUCUGUCGACGCACGACAUGCCUCCACAAUUCGAAGAGUCGCUUCCUGUAAUAGCUUCGCUGCUGCACAAGUAUCUGACAUACCAGAAUGCCGCGUUGAACACGGACGACGAGUCGGAAGCCGGACCCCUGGAGCAUGUUCGAGCUGGUGUUUUUAGGGUUCUUGUGCUAUAUACCCGCAAGUACGAUGAGGAAUUCAAGCAACAUCUUGCCCAGUUCAUUGGCACAUCAUGGAACCUUCUCACGACCAUUGGCCCGGAGGCCAAAUACGACCUGGUAGUAAGCAGAGCUUUGGAAUUCUUGACGACAAUUGCGGGCAUACGGGAACACGCCGAAAGCUUCAACAAUGCAGACAUCCUUGGACAGGUGACCGAGAAGGUGGUGAUACCCAAUCUCUCGCUACGAGAAUCUGACAUUGAGACCUUUGAAGACGAGCCCAUUGAAUUCAUUCGGCGAGACUUAGAAGGCUCUGAUGAGGACACGCGACGUCGCGCCGCCACCAACUUCCUCCGGAAGCUGAUGGAACAGUUCGAGAAGCUCGUCACAGACGUCGUCAUGCGCUAUAUAAACCACUUCCUCUCGGAAUAUGCCAAGGAUCGAGGCGGGAACUGGAAGUCAAAGGAUACCGCUGUCCACCUCUUCACUUCCAUUGCUGCCAAGGGUACCGCAACCGCGGCGAAGGGUAUUCUGUCGAUCAACACGUACGUCGACGUGAUCGAUUUCUUCCAGAACCACGUGGCCGAGGAUUUAACGAACGCAAGUGCUGAGCCAUUGCUGAAAGUCGAUGCGAUCAAGUAUCUCUAUGUCUUCAGAAGCAUACUUUCACCCGAGCAAUGGCAGGCAGCGUUCCCGUUGCUCGUUCAACAUCUCAACUCGUCCAAUUACGUGGUCUAUACAUAUGCAGCAGUCGCUGUCGAUCGCGCGCUAUACCUCACCAAUGACCAUCGACAGCCAGUAAUUCCACGGGAGAGCAUCGUGCCACUUGCAAAGGACCUAUUGCAGCACCUCUUCAAGCUGAUCACCAAGGAUGCAAAGCCCGAAAAGGUGCAGGAAAACGAAUUCCUCAUGAAGUGUGUCAUGCGUGUCUUGAUCGUGAUAAAGGAAGGUCUCCUUCCUAUCGUUGACUUGGUGCUGACCAAUCUCGUCAACAUCACGAAAGUCAUCCGACACAAUCCAUCGAAUCCAGGCUUCUGCUACUAUCACUUUGAAUCCUUAGGUGCGCUUAUUCGGUUUGCUGGUCCCUCACAACCGGACAAGAUUGAGCAGCACCUGUUUCCCACCUUCAUGGAAGUCCUGCAAGGCCAAGUCGACGAGUUUUCGCCCUACAUCUUCCAGCUAUACGCGUUGAUGGUUGCCACGAACCCGGCGCCGACACUAUCGCCUAAUUUCCAACAGCUGGUCGCGCCGGUCUUGACACCAAGCACAUGGGAUAGCAAGGGCAACGUUCCUGCUCUCACGCGCUUGCUCAACACCUUGAUACCUCGGGGAGCGGAGCAAAUGGCUGCUGCGAAUCAAACGGAGGCUAUUCUUGUCAUUUUUCAGAAACUUGUCAGCAGCAAAGCGUACGAGUCGCACGCCAUGGACCUCAUCGAGACGGUUGUCACAGGGUUCUCCGUCACCGCACUCGAGAACUUCUGGAUCUCCAUUCUGCAACUCAUGUUCACACGACUGUCAAACUCGAAGACGGAGAACUUUACGCUGCGUUUCGUAAGAUUCUAUCACCUAGUCUCUGCACUCGUGGACAAGGGACUUGGUGCCGAUUUCUUCAUCGCCACCUCCGAUAAAGUCCAAGGCAAUGUCUUCACGCCCGUCUACACUACCAUAAUUCUCCCUGACACCCAGAAACUCAGCAGGCCGUCCGACCGAAAGACAGCUUGUAUAUCUCUCACCCGCACCCUCGCGGACAGCCAAGCUUUCGUCGAACGCUACGCCAAGCGAGGAUGGACGAUCACCUGCGAAGCGCUGCUCAAACUCCUCAUCAACCCACCGCUACCACCAGCGGCGGACGACAAUGUCAUCGAAGACCGCGAUGUGGACGAACUCGGCUUUGGAGCGGCCUUCACACAGCUCAACACCUGCAAGCGCCCUACUUCCGACCCGUGGCCAGAAGUUCAGGACGUCAAGGCUUGGGUGGGCAGGACACUUACGGAAGCUGACCAGAGACAUUCUGGGCGGGUUGGCAAGUUUGUGAACGAGAAGCUGGAUGAUCAAGGGAGAGCUGCGCUGCAGAGCGUCAUGCAAGGAUAA